CCACGAUCGUCCCACAAAAAUUACCCAAUCCCGGUCGGCCACCAGCUCAACGACGAUGAGCUUGUAUUCCCUUCAGCUCUUUCGUUCCUGUACGGCUUCGCUGUCGUCCAGAACCCUUGCACGUUCUGCCGCUUUCAGACAUCCCUCUUCGACAUUUCGCGGGCGGCGUCAUUAUUCCGAUGUCAAUAACGCAGAAGCAAAGCCAGAGGCAGCUGAAGAGGUGAAGGAGGAGGUGAAGGAGGGAGAAGCAGCACCCGCUGAAAAGCUCCAGUGUGCAGAGGAGCUUGCAAAACUAAAGGCGAAGGAGGAAGAAGUCGUUGACUUGACCGGACGGCUGCGGUAUCUACAAGCAGACUUUCUAAACUUCCAGCGAAAUGCUGCUCGAGAAAAGGAGCAGACACGGGACUUCGCUAUUACCCGCUUUGCCUCUGACUUGCUCGAGACAGUCGAUGUACUGACACUGGCAUUGAAAUCGGUGCCUGCGUCUCUUAUCGAACCGCCAACAACCGAAGACAAGCCUGUCUCCGACGAGUCAUCUGCUCCUUCAUUACAUCCUUCACCUGAAGCAUCUGCUUCAACAAAACCUCCCGAAGCUCACCUUCGCGAGCUCUACACUGGCGUCGAAUUGACCCAGCGUCAGCUUCUCCAGACGCUCUUCAAAUACCACGUCAAACCUUUUGAUCCUACUGGCGAUGCGUUCGAUCCUAAUCGUCAUGAGGCACUUUACCAAGCUCCAAUACCAGGGAAGGAGGCUGGGACAGUCAUUGAUUGCCAAAAAAAUGGAUACACCAUUAAGGACCGUGUUCUUAGAGCAGCACAGGUUGGAGUGGCACAGGAGAUGUCAUGAUCCAUGGGGUUACGCCUUUGAUCCUUAUGUCGGGGAAUGGCGAGGUUAUUUUAUUAUGAUGUACCCAGGAUGCUAGAACAUAGUGUAGUUAGUACCUGCUAAUCAACGAAUCUCUACUCUGAACUGCUCCCUCAGUCGAGAG